AUGGCUAUAUUUAGAUCUAAAUCUUCUCAAAAAACACCACAACAAGGUGGUAAUAUAGAUGUAAAAAUAACAUCAGCAGAUCAAGAACAUUAUAAAGUACAUACAGCAAAUGUUCAUGAUCCAAUAUUAACAGCAGUAAAUGAAUUACAACCAUUUGAACAAGCUGCUCAUAGACCAGGUGAUAAUAGAAGACCUUCUUAUUUAAGUAAUGAAUCACUGGAUUUAAAAGAUAUAUUUGGUCAACCAAUAAAAAAUUUAGAUAUGAGUAAUCCAACAAGAAAUAGAAAUGAAAGACCCCUUGAUACAAUAAGAGCUUUUGAAUAUGCUAUUACUGGUGAUAUUACUUAUAGAGAUCAAUUAGAAAGUAAUAGAUUAGGUUGGGGUUUUCAUGAAGAUUUUCCAUAUUAUAAUUUAAAUGGUCAAUCAAGAAAUCAACAACAAGAUUAUGAUAAUUCAGGAAUUGGAGGUUCAAAUAAUAAUAAUAACGGAAGACCAGUUAUAAAUUUUGAUGAACAACCAGUUUAUCAAGCUGGUAAUUAUAGUGCUAGUUCUUUACAAGCUGAUGGUGGUAAAAAACAAAAGAAAAAGAAAAGAGGAUUAUUUGGUAAAAAGAAUUAA